AUAUUAAUGUUUUGUUGCUUGAACUCACCCCUCUCCAGCCACAGACUAAUAAUAAGAUCUUCCUCCAAAUCUGUGGCAGCAACUAUGUUAUACUUACUGAAUUUCAUGAUGUUCACAUGCACUUUGGAUGUCAAGUUUAUGGCUUCCCUAUACAAGCCUGAUGUGUUUUCCUUUUCACUGACAGCAAACAGUUUUUGAGUCGGAAUCGGAGAAUGGCUGAAAGUGUCUGGAUCAUCUUCUGUGGGGACCCUCAGUGUUCAAAUGGAGGCAGAGACAAUUGUAGUUCUAUCCUAUCUGCCAUUGUUCAUCCAUAUUCAUGUACCAACCAUGUUUUGGUCAUUUCUGCUGAUAGUCUCCUCCUGCUCAUCUUCCUAUUUAUUGUUUUGUACAAGUCAUCAACCAAAUUUGAAGCCCCAUCACCCUCUAAAUGGUACUUAUCAUUAUCAGUUUCUUCUAAGGUUUCCAAUGGCGCUUUGGGUUUGGCUUACCUGGGCAUGGGGCUCUGGAUAAUUUCAGAGAGAUUGAGUUCCAAACAGAGCAUAACCCCUCUGCAUGGUUGGCUGGUCAUGGUAUUCCAGGGACUCACAUGGUUCCUGAUGGGCUCAACAGUGAGUUUUAAAACCGGACAACAUCCACAUAGUAUCAUGGUGAAGAUUUCUUCAAUCCUCGCCAUCUUUUUUGCAGCAUUUCUAAGCAUCCCAUCUGUUUCGAAAGCUAUUCAGGACAAAGAAGCAUCUGUAAAGAUUGUGUUAGACAUUUUGUCAUUUCCGGGAGCAAUUCUACUUGUCUUAUCUGCAUUUGGGGAACCUAACCAGGCAGAAACUGAAGCAGGCACCAAAAGAAAUGCACUCUAUGCACCUUUGCUAUGCAAAGAAGCGGAUAAUGGCAAGGAAAUUCGUAUGGUUGAGAAUGUAACUCCUUUUGCUGAAGCUGGAUUCCUGAAUAAACUAUCAUUUUGGUGGUUGAAUGCACUAAUGAAGAAGGGUAAACAUAAAACUCUUGAGAACAAAGAUAUACCAAAGUUAAGGCUGGAAGAUCGAGCAGAAACAUGUUACUUGAAGUUUAUGGAGCAAUUGAGCAUACAGGAAAGGAAAGAAUCUUCUGAUUCAUCCUCUAUUUCAUCUACAAUAUUUCUGUGGCAGUGGAAAGCUAUUUUGACAUCAGGCCUCCUUGCUCUGAUCAAAGUACUCACCCUGGCUAUCAGCCCCUUGCUUCUUAGAGCUUUCAUUAGGGUUGCUCAAGGCAAUGAGGCUUUUAAAUAUGAGGGUUAUGCUCUAACCGGGGGGCUCUUCCUUGCAAAAUGCUUUGAAUCAAUAUCAGAGAGGCAAUGGUAUUUCCAAACUCGACUUAUUGGUCUCCAAGUAAGGUCUUGCCUGUCUGCAGCUAUUUACAAGAAGCAGCUAAGGCUAUCAAGUGCCGCUAAGACAACUCAUUCUCCUGGAGAAAUAAUGAAUUAUGUGACUGUGGAUGCCAAUAAAAUAGGUGAAUUCCCAUAUUGGCUUCAUCAAAUAUGGACAACAAGCCUUCAGAUAUGUCUUGCAUUGGUUGUUAUUUACUAUUCUGUGGGUUUAGCAUCUGUUGCAGCCCUAUUAGUGGUAAUACUAACUGUAGUAGGAAAUACUCCGGUGGCCAAAUUACAGUACAAGUACCUGAAAAAGCUUAUGGUGGCUCAAGACAGCAGGCUGAAGGCCAUUACAGAGGCUCUUACAAGCAUGAAAGUUUUGAAGUUGUAUGCCUGGGAGACACAUUUCAGAAAUGUUAUAGAAGGGCUUAGGAAAGAAGAAUAUAAAUGGUUAUCGGCAGUUCUCUCACAGAGGGGCUACUAUCUGGCUCUGUUUUGGUGGUCUUCCCUCAUUGUGUCGGCUAUUACUUUCUGGGCAUGCUACUUCCUUGGAACCCCUCUGAAUGCUAGUAACGUUUUCACAUUUCUUGCAACUUUACGUAUUGUUCAGGAGCCUAUCAGGUUGCUACCUGAUGUUGGGGGAAUGUUCAUUGAAGCAAAGGUUUCCUUAACUCGGAUUGAGAAGUUUCUUGAGGCACCCGAAUUGCGGAAUAGACAUAUCCAGGAGAAGUGCUUUGGAGAGGAACUUGGGAAGUCUAUAGUGCUUAAUUCCACAAGUAUUUCAUGGGAUUCUAACAAGUCAAAGGCUGCCCUAACUAACAUAGAUUUGGUUGUCAAACCUGGUCAAAAGGUAGCCAUAUGUGGAGAGGUUGGGUCAGGAAAGUCAACCCUUCUGGCUGCAAUUCUUGGAGAGGUUUCAAACAUCAAUGGCAUAGUUCAAGUUUAUGGAAGGAUAGCUUAUGUUCCUCAGUUAGCAUGGAUCCAAACAGGCACCAUACAAGACAACAUACUGUUUGGGUCCACCAUGGAUCAAGAUAAGUACCAAGAAGUACUUGAAAAGUGUUCACUAGUAAAGGACCUCGAAAUGCUUCCAUUUGGUGAUCGCACUAUAAUUGGAGAAAGAGGUGUUAAUCUCAGUGGUGGGCAGAAGCAGCGAGUUCAACUUGCACGUGCACUAUAUCAAGAUGCAGAUGUGUAUCUCUUGGAUGAUCCGUUCAGUGCUGUUGAUGCACAAACUGCUGGCAGUUUGUUUAAUGAAUAUAUCAUGGGAGCUCUGUCAGGGAAGACGGUCUUACUUGUGACCCACCAAGUCGACUUUCUUCCUGCUUUUGGUUCGGUUUUGUUGAUGUCAGACGAAAAAAUCCUCAAGGCGGCUACCUAUGAUCAGUUGCUGGCUUCUAGUCAUGAAUUUCAAAAUCUUAUCAUUGCACAUAAUGACACUGUUGGUUCUCAGGGAGAGACCGAGUAUGGAUUGCAACAAAGACCAAAAACCUCCAAAGAAGAGAUUCAAAAAUUACCUGCUGAGGAGCAAAUAGGAGCAUCUUUAGGAGACCAGUUGAUUAAGCAAGAAGAGAGAGAAACAGGAGACACUGGUCUAAAACCUUAUAUACAGUAUCUGAAUCAGAGCAACGGUUUCUUAUAUUUCUCCCUAGCAGUUAUAUCCCACAUCAUAUAUAUAGUAGGGCUGUUGGUUCAAAAUCUUUGGUUGGCUGCUGUUGUACAGGAUUCUAGUACAAGUAUGCUGAGCCUGAUCUUAAUAUACACGCUGAUCGGCUGUGGCAUGUCACUCUUCUUGAUCCUUAGAUCUUAUUAUGUGGUUAUUUUAGGUCUUAGGACAUCAAAAUCUGUGUUUUCGAAGUUAAUGAUCUCCCUUUUUCGAGCACCAGUGUCUUUUUACGACUCAACACCUCUGGGUAGGAUAAUCAGUCGGGUAUCUUCUGAUCUGAGUAUUGUGGACCUUGAAUUGGCAUUCAAAUUCAGUAUUUCUCUAGGGACAACAAUGAACACGUAUUUUAGCUUUGGAAUAUUGGCUGUUAUUACAUGGCCAAUCUUAUUUGUCAUUGCACCAAUGAUUUAUGCAACCAUUAUCUUACAGAAAUUUUACUUUGCUUCUGCAAAAGAGUUGAUGCGAAUUGAUGGCACAACACGGUCUUCAGUUGCAAGCCAUCUAGCUGAAUCCAUGGCAGGAGCAACGACCAUCAGAGCUUUUGGAGAGGAAAAUCGAUUCUCCACAGAGCAUUUGCACCUUAUCGAUGCAAAUGCUAGUCCAUUUUUCCACAAUGUUUCAGCAAAUGAGUGGUUGAUUCAGCGUCUGGAAGUACUAUGUGCAAUCGUUCUCUCAUCCUCAGCCCUUGCCAUGACUCUGCUUCCUUUUCAAGCUUCUGACUCAGGAUUAAUUGGAAUGGCUCUGUCAUAUGGGCUUUCAUUGAAUUUGUUUGUCGUUAAUUCCGUCCAAAGCCAGUGCAUGCUAUCAAAUUUGAUUGUUUCUGUGGAAAGGUUAGAACAAUACAUGCAUAUUCCGAGUGAAGCUCCUGAAACCAUAGAAGGCCACAGGCCAUCGCUCAACUGGCCAACUGUUGGUAGGGUGGAGAUCCAUGAUUUGAAGGUCAAAUAUCGGCCUAAUGCUCCUCUUGUUCUUCGCGGAAUCAGCUGCAUUUUUGAAGGUGGACACAAAAUUGGAAUUGUUGGCCGCACUGGUAGUGGGAAGACAACUCUGAUUAGCGCCUUGUUUCGCCUGGUAGAGCCUACAGAUGGAAAGAUCAUAAUCGAUGACAUAAAUAUAUCUACAAUCGGUCUCCAUGACCUCAGAUCACACUUCGGGAUUAUUCCACAAGAUCCAACCCUUUUUAGUGGACCUAUAAGAUACAAUCUGGACCCCUCAUCCGAGCAUACUGAUCAUGAAAUAUGGGAGGUUCUCGAAAAAUGUCAGCUACGAGAAGCUGUUCAAGAGAAAGAGGAGAGCCUGAACUCCUUAGUGGUACAAGAUGGAUCAAAUUGGAGCAUGGGACAACGACAGUUAUUUUGCCUGGGUCGAGCAUUGUUGAAGAGGAGGAAGAUAUUAGUGCUGGAUGAAGCCACCGCAUCAAUUGACAAUGCAACAGAUUCAAUCAUCCAGAAAACCAUAAGGACAGAAUUUGCAGACUGCACUGUAAUCACAGUUGCUCAUAGAAUAUCAACAGUGAUGGACUGCACUAUGGUUCUUGCUAUUAGCGAUGGAAGAUUAGUAGAGUAUGACAAGCCAAUGAAGCUACUGAAUGAGGAGGGCUCACUAUUUGGGCAACUUGUGAAGGAGUACUGGUCUCAUUCCAGAAAUGCUAGCGGGCUCUCAGAAGAUUGGUAGUGAGAUUAUUUUUUGUAUUACCACGAAAGUGCUUUCAUGAAAAGGAACGUCUGCUAUUAAGCCACGCAAAGUUAACUUCAAUAUGUGGUCGUGUGCCUCGUAAGUUUAGAACUAGAUUGGAACAUGGUCGGUGAAUUUAACGUGAAAUCGAUAUGAAAUUUGUGUUUAUAUUUAUUUAUCGUAAU